GCGGGGUUUUGGGGGUGCCAGGCUGUUGAGGGGAACUUCUGGUUGCUUCAGGAGCAGCCGCUGCUCGCUGUGGAGGAGGUAAAGACGGCCGACGAAAGACGCAGCUGAGUUUUCCCGUUCCCUUUUAUCCGGAGGUUGGUUCAAAAUGACAUCCAUACUGACCUGUACUGUCAAAACCCUUCCAGCUGCCACAAUGUGGACUGCCCGAUUCUCUGUGAGGUCAUUCAGUUGUUCACACCAGUUAAAUGCAGCAGUUCAGCCCAAGACUAAGAAGACUUUAGCCAAAACUGGGGUGAAGAAUAUUGUACUGGUGGAUGGGGUUCGCAUUCCGUUUUUGCAGUCAGGAACCACGUAUGUAGAUCUGAUGCCACAUGACUUGAGCAGAGCGUCGCUACAAGGAUUGCUUCAUGUAACCAGUACACAUGAAGAAGUUGUUGACUACAUUGUUUAUGGCACUGUUAUCCAGGAGGUGAAAACAAGCAAUGUUGCUAGAGAGGCUGCCCUGGGAGCUGGCUUCUCAGACAAGACUCCAGCUCACACUGUCACCAUGGCUUGCAUCUCUUCAAACCAGGCUAUGACCACAGGAGUCGGUCUCAUCGCUUCUGGCCAAUGUGAUGUCGUGGUUGCAGGCGGCGUUGAGCUGAUGUCAGAUGUUCCCAUCCGACACAACAGGAAGAUGAGGAAGACGAUGCUUGGCCUCACAAGGGCAAAGACCUUGGGUCAGAGGCUGUCCUUGCUCUCCAGAAUCCGUCCUGAUUACUUUGCUCCCGAGCUGCCAGCCGUGGCAGAGUUCUCCACCAGCGAGACCAUGGGUCACUCGGCAGACCGGCUGGCGGCCGCCUUUGCCAUCUCACGUGCCGAACAAGACGAGUAUGCCAUGCGGUCUCACAGCCUGGCCAAGAAAGCCCAGGACGAUGGGCUUCUCACUGAUAUAGUGCCAUUCAAAGUGCCAGGCAAGGAAACUGUUGUGAAGGACAACGGAAUCCGCCCUUCUUCAUUAGAGCAGAUGGGCAAACUGAAAGCUGCUUUUGUCAAACCUUACGGAACUGUCACAGCCGCCAACUCUUCUUUCCUGACCGAUGGAGCCUCGGCAGUCCUCCUGAUGUCCGAAGAGAAAGCGUUGGCAAUGGGGUACAAACCAAAGGCCUACCUCAGGGAUUUUGUGUACGUAUCCCAGGACCCAAAGGACCAGCUGCUGCUUGGCCCCACCUACGGUACUCCCAAGGUGCUGGAGAAGGCUGGCCUGACUAUGGCAGAUAUUGAUGUGUUUGAGUUUCAUGAAGCAUUUGCAGGCCAAAUUUUAGCUAACUUGAAAGCUAUGGAUUCAGAUUGGUUCGCUCAGAACUACAUGGGCAGAAAGUCUAAGGUUGGAGCCCCUCCUCUGGAAAAAUUCAAUAACUGGGGUGGGUCUCUGUCACUGGGACACCCCUUUGGUGCCACCGGCUGCCGAUUGGUAAUGACCGCUGCCCACAGAUUGAAGAAAGAGGGAGGACAGUAUGCUCUGGUUGCCGCAUGUGCUGCUGGAGGACAGGGUCAUGCAAUGAUAGUGGAACUUUACCCGCAGUAAAGGCGCGAAGAACUGCUGCAAAUGGCUUUUCCUGAAACAACGGUGCCAUUCCAGUGCCCUUGUGUAACAUAAGUGUAUCUGAUCCUUUGCAGAAAAGGACUUCUGGUGGCCUUUGUAAAUAUUUUCUAAAUGCCUGUGAAAGGUAACUAAGAGUAGGCAGAUAUGUCCCUGAAAAGUUCGGUCUAUUUAUGUCAGUAAGGGGUGUCUGCAGUUUGUCCGACAUAUAAUGGUGAGUUUCUCUGUCUGAGAACAGUGUUCAGGAGUGCAGUAAUUCUGAAAGAGAGAGACUGGCUAGUGACAAAUGGUUCAGGCUUUAACACACAACUUGUAUGAAAGAUUAGGCAUUUUAAAAAGAAUCUGUAAUCUGGACUGAAAUUAACUAGGGUAUCUUUUACAGUGGAAGGCUAGCACAAAGUUGUUGAGGCAGCAGGAAGUGGGCAGUGAACUACUUUGGGGUACAGUGUCUGUCACCACUCAUCAGCCUUAAUAAACAAGAGAAAU